AUGGACUAUUCGUACGACGAGGACCUGGAUGAGCUGUGCCCAGUGUGUGGGGACAAGGUGUCCGGAUACCACUACGGGCUGCUCACGUGCGAGAGCUGCAAGGGCUUCUUUAAGCGCACUGUGCAGAACAACAAGCACUACACGUGCACGGAGAGCCAGAGCUGCAAGAUCGACAAGACGCAGCGCAAGCGCUGUCCCUUCUGCCGCUUCCAGAAGUGCCUGACGGUGGGGAUGCGCCUGGAAGCCGUGCGUGCUGACCGCAUGCGGGGCGGCCGGAACAAGUUUGGGCCCAUGUACAAGCGGGACCGGGCCCUGAAGCAGCAGAAGAAGGCACAGAUUCGGGCCAAUGGCUUCAAGCUGGAGACAGGCCCCCCAAUGGGGGUGCCCCCGCCACCCCCUCCCCCUCCGGACUACAUGCUCACCCCCAGCCUGCAUGCGCCUGAGCCUAAGGGCCUGGCCUCUGGUCCACCCGCUGGGCCACUGGGCGACUUUGGAGCCCCAGCACUGCCCAUGGCCAUGCCCGGCACCCACGGGCCACUGGCCGGCUACCUCUACCCUGCCUUCCCCGGCCGUGCCAUUAAGUCUGAGUACCCAGAACCCUACGCCAGCCCCCCACAGCCCGGGCCGCCCUAUGGCUACCCAGAGCCCUUCUCUGGAGGGCCCAGCGUGCCUGAGCUCAUCCUACAGCUGCUGCAGCUGGAGCCGGAUGAGGACCAGGUGCGCGCACGCAUUGUGGGCUGCCUGCAGGAACCGGCCAAAGGCCGCCCCGACCAGCCAGCGCCCUUCGGCCUCCUGUGCAGGAUGGCUGACCAGACCUUCAUCUCGAUCGUGGACUGGGCCCGCAGGUGUAUGGUGUUCAAGGAGCUGGAGGUGGCUGACCAGAUGACGCUGCUGCAGAACUGCUGGAGUGAGCUGCUGGUGUUCGACCACAUCUACCGCCAGGUCCAGUACGGCAAGGAGGGCAGCAUCCUGCUGGUCACCGGCCAGGAGGUGGAGCUGACCACCGUGGCGGCCCAGGCGGGCUCCCUGCUCCAUGGCCUGGUGCUGCGGGCGCAGGAGCUGGUGCUGCAGCUGCACGCGCUUCAGCUGGACCGCCAGGAGUUUGUGUGCCUCAAGUUCCUCAUCCUCCUCAGCCUCGAUGUGAAGUUCCUGAACAACCAUAGCCUGGUGAAGGAUGCUCAGGAGAAGGCCAACGCUGCCCUGCUUGACUACACCCUGUGCCACUACCCACACUGCGGGGACAAGUUCCAGCAGUUGCUGCUGUGCCUGGUGGAGGUGCGGGCCCUGAGCAUGCAGGCCAAGGAAUACCUGUACCACAAGCACCUGGGCAACGAGAUGCCCCGCAACAACCUGCUCAUCGAGAUGCUGCAGGCCAAGCAGACUUGA